AUGAACGGCGACAUGGGGGAGAAGGGCCACAGUGGGCUGCCCGGGUACGAGGUUGACACAUCGCUUGCAGCCCACGCGAAGGGCCGACAGCUCAGCCUCGACCGCGAAGAUAUCGCCAUGGUGCAAGCGGACCAGAAUGAGCUGAAACGGUCGUUGAAGGGUCGCCACAUGCAGAUGAUUGCCAUUGGCGGCGCCAUUGGUGCAGGUCUGUUCGUGGGCUCCGGCUCAGCCUUCACGACUGGAGGACCAGCAUCCGUCAUCAUCGGCUUCACCCUCGUCGGUAUUAUGAUCUACUUCAUGAUGCAAGCUCUCGCCGAGUUGGCUGUGAUGUACCCAGUUAACGGCGCUUUCACCAUGUACAUCUGCCGCUUCGUCGAUCCUUCGUGGGGUUUCGCCUGUGGUGUAGAAUACGCCAUCAGUUGGUUGACAGUCCUGCCUUUCGAGAUCUCCGCCGCCUGCAACAUCAUUAACUACUGGCCGGGAGCAAACGGCAUCAACAAUGCCGCAUGGAUUACGCCUCUGCUUGUCGCCUUGGUCGUGAUCCAGUUCUUCGGCGUCAAAGGAUACGGCGAGGUCGAAUUCGUCUUGAGCGCGAUGAAGGUCAUCGCUUGUAUCGGCUUCAUGAUCCUCGGCAUUAUAAUCAAUUGCGGUGGUGUUCCGACCGAUCCUAGAGGCUAUAUCGGAAAUACGUAUUUCAAGGAACCUUACAGCAAUGCCGGCUUCCUGAACGGCUUUCACGGCUUCUGCAGCGUGUUCGUGACCGCUGCUUUCGCCUACACUGGCACCGAGCUUACUGGUCUGGCCGCUGCCGAGACCGCCAACCCGAAGAAGGAGAUUCCGAGAGCCUCCAACCAAGUGGUCUGGCGUAUCGCCAUCUUCUACAUCGUCAAUCUCGCUCUCGUCGGUCUGGUUCUUCCCGCCAACAGCCCUCUUUACGACAGUACGGGAUCAUCCUCGCAUCGUUCACCUUUCGUGCUUGCGAUCAAGGCUGCCAGCAUCCCAGUACUCCCAUCGAUCUUCAAUGCUGUCAUCCUCAUCUCUGUCAUGAGUGUAGCCAACUCGUGCACUUUCGGAUCCACGCGCACACUCCAAGCUUUGGCUGCCAACGGUAUGGGUCCAAAGAUUGCCGCCUACGUCGACAGGAAAGGUCGCCCCUUGGUCGUUGUAGGUCUCCAGCUCCUCUUCGGCCUGUUGGCCUACAUAAACCUGGCCAAGAAUGGCGGCACUAUCUUCAACUGGCUCCUGUCCUUGUCCGGUAUCACCGUACUGUUCGUCUUUGGUAGCAUCGGCGUUGCCCACAUUCGUUUCCGCAUGGCGUGGGCGUAUAAUGGUCACUCUGUGGACGAGCUACCGUUCAAAGCGAUCGCCGGUGUCUACGGCUCCUGGAUCUGUGUGCUGAUUUGCUUCCUCGCCUUGGUUGCCCAAUUCUACGUUGCCCUCUACCCAGUUGGCGGACCAAAUCUCUCGGCUGAGGGCUUUUUCCUCGCAUACCUGGCUGGACCUCUUCUCGUCUUCCUGUACCUCGGCUGGAAGAUCUACAGCUGGUUCGCUGUUCCUGCUCAUCGCCCACUAUACAUCAAGAUCAAGGACAUCGACAUCUACAGCGGGAUGAGGCAAGAGCAGUCCAUGAUUAGUGGUGUGGAUGUCACUCCAGACCAGAGGCGUGCUAGUCUCACGGAGAUGCAUGAUGGAGAAAAGAAGAAGGGCCCCAUGGGUUGGGUGAUGUCGGGUGUGAGAAACAUUAUCUAA